AUGACGUCGUCUGGUCUGUGUCUCAUUGACAUUGAUGGUCCUGGGCAUCUCACAGUGACCAACAGGCAGUUCCACUACCUGGUGGAAUUAAUUGAUGUGAUGGAGUUGUUUAUGUUGCGCUUGGACGAAGAACUCCUUCGACGCUCACGAGCGCAAUUUGAAUACUCAAUGCUGUGCAUGAGUGAAAGUUCUGGUAC